CGGUUAAAAGCGCGAAUUUGGUCGUGUCGUUUGUUCUUCCAGUAAAAUUCCUCCCAAUUUUCUGUUAAAUCUUGUUUGUUCACUUUCGUUGGAGUAGUUUAAUGUUGUUUAACCGUUCGUUAUUCAAAUGGCCAAUUCUGUUAUCGGAAAAAUCAAAUCGGUUGCCGUAAAGGAUUUUGUUACCUACGAUGUAGCCGUUUUCUAUCCGGAUGAGCACCUAAACAUAAUCAUCGGUCCCAAUGGCACUGGAAAAUCGACGAUUGUUGCCGCCGUCGUUCUCGGCAUGGGAGGACACUGUAAGCUGUUGUCCCGGUCCGGAAGUCUGGAAGAUUACGUCAAAAACGGGAAGGAAGUUGCCCAAAUCGAGAUAGCCAUCUUCAAGAAUGCCAAACGGGGAGUUAUCAUUUUCAACCGGGUGUUCGACCGGAAUGGGUCAGAUCGGUUCGAAAUCGACGGGACCAAGGUGUCUCACAAGGAAUUUCUGAACCGCAUCCGCCAACUGAACAUUCAGAUCGAUAAUCUGUGCCAAUUUCUGCCCCAGGAUCGGGUGCAAGACUUCACCAAAAUGAAUCCCAGGGAGCUGUUGCUCAAUACUCAGGCUUCCGUCUGCCGGCCGGAAAUGUACCAGCUGUGGGAACAGCUGCUCGAAAAGCGGAAAGAGCAGAAAAACGUGUUCAAAUCGAACGUGGACAAUUUGACCCGGCUGAAGGAGGCGGAAGCCAAAAACGAGGAGCUACGUGCUCAGAUCGAAAAUAUGCGCGUUCGAAAAAACUUCGUCAAAGAUCUGGAAGUUUGUAAUGCGCGAAAAGCUUGGCUGGAGUACGAGAAUAUCUAUCUGGAGUACAAUUCUACCAAGGAAGAUUUGCAACUCGGUAAAAAGAAUCUGGACGAAAAAGAGAAACGUUUGAAUCCGCUAAAAUCCAAGGCUGUCAAGCUCAAUAAAACCAAGGCUGACAUGAACGAAAACAUCAAAACCGAACAAGCCUCCGUAUCUGCUCAUUCGAGUAAACUGCGGCAACUGGAAACCCGGACCGAAUCCCUGGAAGAUUCCAUUGCCAAACAGAAACGGGACCUCCAGGAUGCGAUUUCGCAUGCCGCCGGGAGACAAUCGGAGCUAGACCAGGCUCGGCAAAGUCUGGCGCUUGCCGUUCAGGAUUGUAAACAUGCCUACCAGGAGCUGGGUCCAGAGGCAGAACAGACACGCCGAAAAGCGGAGCUGACGGUCAAAAUAAACAAGCAUCGACAGGAGUGCGACCUUCUGAUGGGUCGCCGAAACGAUUUGAAUCAGAAGCUGGAAUCGGAGCUGAAACCGGAAAUGGUCAGCAUCCAGCGUCGGAUCGAUGCACUCGAAAAUGUGGCAACGGUCAAGUUGAAGCUGCUACAGUCUCAGUUCGAGAGCACCUAUCGGGCAACGCUUUGGUUGCGAGACAACCAGCAUCUGUUCCGAGCUCGCAUCUACGAACCGAUGAUUCUGGAGCUGAACGUCCCUAACAGCGAGAAUGCCAAGUAUUUGGAAAAUACAAUUAACAAACGUGACAUGAUAGCCUUCACCUGUGAAGACAAGGAAGAUAUGGCACUGUUCUUGCGAAAAGUACGGCAGGAGAUGCAACUGGAAGGCGUCAAUGUGGUUUUCUCGGAAGCCGCCGAUGAUCUUCACUACCAACCGAAAAUUCCCAUUCAAAGUUUAGAGCGCUACGGGUUCCGUUCCUACUUGAUCGACAUGGUCGAAGGACCCUACCCGGUGCUCAACUUCCUAUGCAAACUCUACAACUUGCACAACGUUCCUGUUGGUGUUAAUGAAACCUCAAAAUAUGCCUCCCAAGUGCCAGAUGAAAUCCGAUUGUUCUUCACACCCACCAAUCGCUUUUUCAUGAGCAAAUCGAAAUAUACCGGUGAGAAAAGCUCACGGUGCGAUGAAUUGCACGCCCUAAAUCUACUGAACAAAAACGUUGACCCGGAAAUUCUGGAAGAGCGCAAAGGAGCCCUGCAACGAUUGGUCAAGGAAUGUGACAAACUUCGUAACCACCGGAAUCAGAUCGAAGAUCAAAUUAAAUCGGUUCAGGACCAAUGCACCGAACUGACCACCCAGAAGAAACAAAUCGACGAAAAGUUUAACCGCUACGAGCAAUGCAAGCUCAAACUCAAACGACUGGAGAAAAAGUGCACCGAACUAGAAACCCGCCUCGUGGAUGUUAGCUCCGAGAAAAUAAAGUUCAAAGACGCCUGUAAAAAGAUUAUAGACGAUUUGAUGCGGGUUCACACUCAAAAAGUAACGGUUCUCGAUGACUAUCUAGCCGCUACAAUCAAAAUGGAGAAAAUAAAAGAAGAACUAAACAUUUUCCUGACCCAAAACGCAGACCUCGAGAGUGACAUCCGUUCGGCGCAAGAUGCCGUAGAUUCUGCCAAACGUAGUUUCGAAUCCGUAAACAGAAAAUUUGAGGAAAUAAAAGAUCGUCUCAAACAGAAACAAACCCAAGCUAAAAAGCUAACUGCUAAUACAACACCCUCAAAUGACAAUUUCCCAUACAAAAGCGAGUUCGAAAAACUUCCAAGCACAAUCGAGGACCUGAACAACCAUAUGGACGAAAUCCAGGCUCGAAUCGACUGUAUGUCCCAGAACAACGGGAACAUCGAACAGGAGUACGAAGCGCGCCAGAGGCAGAUAGAGGAGCUACGUAAGGCGGCCACCGAUAUCCGGACCAGUACCGAGGCCUUGGAGGCGGAACUGCAACGGUUGCACGACGAAUGGUAUCCGGAGAUCAAUCGGGUAGUCCAGGUUAUAAAUGGAAAUUUUUCCCGGUUCAUGAGCACCAUGGGAUUUGCCGGGGAGGUGGAGAUCACCAGGAAUAAUGAGCGUGACUACGACGAGUACGGUAUCCAGAUUCGUGUCAAGUAUCGGAACAUCGAGAAGCUGCAGGCCCUGGACCGGCAAGUGCAAUCGGGCGGCGAACGAGCCGUGGCCAUCGCCAUCUACACCCUGUCGCUGCAGCACAUCACGCACGUUCCGUUCCGUUGCGUGGACGAAAUCAACCAGGGCAUGGAUCCG